GGGUGCUGGUGCUUUGCUUGCUUGCUGCUACACCACCAAGACAUAAACCACGCGGGCAUUUGUAUAAAGAAGUCAAGAUGGCUGAGAAUUUCGAAGAAUUAAUCCAAGCUCCAAAGGACUUGUAUAAAGAAGGAUCUCUCUUCAUUAAGCGCUGUGUCAAGCCCGAUCGUAAAGAGUUUUUUAGUGUCUCCAGAGCCGUUGCUACUGGUUUUGUGCUUAUGGGAUUCAUCGGUUACAUUAUCAAGUUGAUUCAUAUUCCCAUUAACAAAGUACUUGUUGGUGGUGCUUAAGAUGUUUAUGAGCUUUCUUUACGGAGGUAUUUUCCAUUUUCUGAUGACGAGUUUUUCAUAUAUGAUUUGAUAGAAUGAGUGCUCGAUCAUAUUACACUGACAGAAAUCUUGCUAAUUGUAUUCUUCAAUAUCUAUUCAACUUUCUUUGAGUAUAUCUUUCAUUUGAUUCCCUUUUCUUAGAAUCUAAC